UCCAGAUUUUUCGAAAAAUUAUAAGAUUUAAUUUUGCGAAUUUUAUUUUUUUAUGAUAAUCCUUAUAACUCAAGAAAAUUUUUGUUUACUGUAUUAAGAAGAGUCUGGCCACAGCGUCUAACAGAAUAACAAUUGAACAUUUUAUAGUAAAGAUGAAGGGGUUGAUUUAUCUACAUCUUGCAAAAUUACACCUUCUCACUCGUCUUUAUUAUUUUAGCUAUUUUUAUACACAACUAAUAACAUUCACAUCAUCGUUGAAAAAUAUACUAAACAACAGCUGACCCAGAUUUGACCCUUGAGUAACGCCUCUGUUAACAACAAAAAACUAUUGAUUUAAGUCAUGAAUUUCAAGAAAUUGUUUCCUUCCAAACGAAAGAUUUCUGAAAGUCAUUCAUAGCCGAUGACGUAAACGUAUUCGGUAAAUUCACGUAAAUUACGACACAUCAAUAUUUUUUGCAAGUAUAAGCAUAAAAGUCAAGCUACAGUAGAUUUUGAGGUCACCAGUAAAUAGAAGAGCAUGAAAUCAGUUACGCUAACAACGUCAUUAAUCAAUACACCAAACAAUAACAGUCCCAAGACAGACCUUGAGGAACUCCAGUUUCUGGAAUAAAUAGUUGGGGUUUAAAACCAUUAAUCUUCGCAAAAAUACAUCGUUUAUCGAAGUAUGAUUCCAGGAAUGAUAUUUAGCUAUCGAGAAGUCAAAGGAUUCUAAUUUCCUUAACAAACAGCAAUGAUCAGUUCUGUCGAAAGAUAUGAAAAAUCGCCAUAAACGACAUCAGCCUGACGAUUAUUAUGCAAAACAUCGCAUCGUUGAAAGUUCUUUAAUGAACCUGACGCACUGAUAGAAUCAAUUUGUGAGAAACGAGUUUAUAAAACUGCUAAUGUGUUUGCAAAGUGAUUAGAAAAAUAUAGGAAAAAUACUUGCUUUGUCAUCAAGUGAGAUAUUUCAGUGUUACUUGCACUAAUAUUCAGCAAUAAUAAGUUAUUCCAGUCUACAUCGACUUUACCAUCUAUGCCCAAAAAGUGGUGUCCCACAGAGGUCCGAUUUGGAUCCAGUGCUAUCCAACGAACCAAAAGAAAUUAACUUUCUGAUCCGUUAGCCUUAUUCUGGAGGUCAUUACUUGACAAACUUCAAGUAAACAAAUUUUAAUCAUCUAACGCACGCACGUGUGUAGCAGAAACUAGUUUUGUGAUAUAUAUAAUUUUUUUUCUAUAUUGAUCCACAGUAAUUGAUUAGCGUUGCUGACCCUGGCGAUUUUUUUAUCAUAUUUUUUUAAUGUAGUGUUCCAAAUCUUUUUAUUGCUUCUCGUGUGAGUUGUAGCGUCAGCUUGGUGUGUAAAACAAAAAAGUUUGAAAUUUUUGUUUAAUUUGUGGUCAAAAUGAGGUUUUUGUUGCUUUUUUUGUGCGUAGUCGCGCCCGUUUGGUGCGUAAAAUUACCGCCGAAUUUUUUGAAGUGUAAUCGUAGUCAGCCUAACCUCAAAGAGUGCGUUUUCAAAGCAGCUCAACACGGCAUUUCCCAGAUGUACAAACCUUACAAAAAAGUGCGUUUUCCUAGCGUCGAGCCCUUGGAAAUCCUCGAAAUGUCGUCUAGUAUUAACUCGAACUUGAUAAAACUGAACGAGCACUUAAAGGAUUGCAAAUUUUUUGGAGUAUCGAGGGUGAAUUUGACGAAUUUUGACUUCGAUUUGACGGAGAGAGUUAUUUUUGCGGUUGGUGUUUUUCCUAAAGUGGAAGCUUCGUGUGGUUAUAAGUUAAAUGGUUCUGUUUUCACUAUACCGAUUUAUGGCGAAGGAGUCAGUAAGCUGGAUUUCACCAAUUUUAGCAUGUCUCUUCGUCUUACUUACGACGAAGUGACCAAAAAUAGCAAAACCUACGCCAAAAUAACCUCAAGUAAAGUAGACGGAAUGGCUGACAAUAUUCAUGUGGAAAUUGGUAAUUUGUUUAAUGGAGAUGAAGAUUCUGGAAGACGCAUAAAUCAGCUGAUUAAUGAUAACUGGAGGGAACUGUAUGAUGAUAUUAAAGAUGAACAUUUGGAAAUGCCGGCUCAGAUGUUCGCUACAUUAACGGCCGGAUUUUUUUCGAGGGUUUCCCUCGAGGAAAUGUUCGAUUGAAUUAUUUAUUUGUUAAAUCGUUUGAGUAAAUAAAUAUUCUGUUUGCUCUUUUA